UUUUUCAAUAAGAAAUAACACUCUAAAGUCAGAAGACAAAAAAGUGUAUUUCCAAUCUUGACCGCUAGAUGGCAGUAAUAAAGUGCACGUUGUUUGGGUUAUGUAUUGAUAAAUAACAUAAACACAUAUUUGAAUGUAUACUCUGUUCCUGUACAGAUACUCAACAGAGCAUACUUUGUGAUUUAAAAAAAGAAAAAAAGUCACCUGACGUCUAAGACGAUGUUAGGGAAGUUUCGGGGGGGGGGGGGUCCUCAAAUUUCAGACAUAACUGUAAAGCACUAACUCCAGUGAUUUUUGCAUGCAACGAAUUUACUUGCGUGUGAUUGGUAAUAUUAGUGAAAGAACUCAUCAAAUUAAAAGUUUCUAUUUUUUUAACAUUUCUUUAACAAUAAAAAAUGUUCGCAACUUGUGCCAGACAUGUUAUGAACACGCACAUUUAAAGAUACAAGUGAAUAAAAAAAUGACUAAAAUUUGCUUUAGUUGUGAUAGCAAAGCAAUGAAACCCCCAUCUUAACGAGUAACACAAUAACAGAACAUAGGCUUUUAUUUUGAAGACCACUGUUGACAUCAACCUUGUAUUUCCGGGAGUUGCCAGCUGUUUUGUUGCGUUCAAGGUUUUGGGGUGUUUUGUUAGUAAAGACUGGGACGUUCAUUCGCAGUUUUUAAGUCGAUUUAAUCUCUUCACGGGCUAAACGUUGCCAACUUUAUCAGCACAGUAAUUGUACAGCCGCGAUUUUUUGACUCUCGAGGUUUUUAACCAAAGACAUUAUGGUUCGGAAGGCUAAUGUGGCUAACAUCUGCUGACCAUUUAAAGUGAGGUGGGGAAUGGAGUUAGCAGCUUGCAGGAUGUCUAAAAUUGAGCGUUUGAACGACCGUUUGGCCAAACUACUGACUCAAGCUGUGCAGGAGGUCCUGGAGCUGGUGAAGGAGACCGUGUCAGAGUAUCAGCAAAAAACUGUCCGAACCCAAAGGGAAAAUGCAAGUCUGAAGAGAAAACUGCAGGAGCUUCAGAGUACGAUAUCCAAGGAAACCGCAGCUCAUUUGUCCAUUGAUGAGCCAUUGCCUGAAAACAAAGGUGAAACUGAGCCUCAAAGGCAGGAUUUAAGCCCAGUCAGGAAUACAACAGUAUCCGUCCUCAGCGAGCAACAACUUCCAAGUUUCCAUGAACCUGAUUGUGGUAUGAAUCAAAAUGUUAAAAAACUGGAGAUUCACAGUGAUCAUCAAUUCCAAGUUGAGCUUUGCAAAACACAAGUAGUAGUACCUCCUUUAAGGGAGGCUUUAGGACCCCCCAAUAUGUUACACUGCACAAACAAGGAAGGUAGUAGGGGUAUAUCAAAAAAUGUGUGCGACUCGUACUCUGGCUCUUUGCUUGGGGUACCCAUGGCUUCCAUCAAGUCGGAAACUCAACAAACUGAUUGCACAACGUCAGAGCAGACGUCUACUCAGCAAUACAGUGGAUGUGUGGAUUUGAGCUGCAACUCCUCUCGUCUCAUCAAUGCUGAGGCUUCAAGGUCACAGGAAAAUGCAGAAACCUACAGUUAUGCGUUUGCUGAUUUAAAUCACGCUGUAAACGCGAAGCAGGGUUGCACCAAACCCAGUGGGGUUGACUUUGACAGGAGGCAAACCCGGACGGAGCUCCUCAGAAGCAGCGACUUCCACUUGUGCGUGGUGUGCGGGAAAACCUUCAGCAGGAUUGGGAACUUAAGAAUCCACCAGCGUUGUCACACGGGAGAAAAGCCGUACUGCUGCAUGCAAUGUGGGAGGAGCUUCAGUCAGGCGGGGGACCUGAAAAAACACAAGCGGGUCCACACGGGCGAAAAACCAUACUACUGCAAUCAGUGCGGAAAAAGCUUCAGCCGGGGAGAAAAUCUGAAAAGACACAAGAGGAUCCACAUUGGAGAGAGUUUAAAGUUACAGCAGACAUGGAGGGAGCAGCAGAAGGGAUUUACGAAAUAAUGGUGCCGAUUUUUCAUCCAUUCCUUUUCUAACAGACCAUCUUCAGUAGCAAGACUUUAUCUGAAGGUUUUCUUAGUGAACGUUGAAGUCAGAUAUGUUAAAGCGAGCAAUAAGGCAAAGGUACACAGGCUUUGAUUGCUUUUUAUGAAGCUAAGGUGGCUCGAUGUGAAUCCACGAUAAAGAUUGAUUAACUUGAUUGUCAAAUUAUAGAUUCACAAAAAAUUGGAUUAUUGAAACACAUUUUUCAUUUUAACUCUUAUUUUUUUACUUUUACCACCCGAUAAAACGUAGCUUAGAAUAAAGCCAUUACCAAACCCCGUUUUUUCUUAUUUAUUCGGUAACUUGCCUGCUUUAAAUUUGUGGUAGACUCCUUUACAGCUCCUCCUUUUCUAAUUGGAUGCAGUUCAGAAUUUGCCAUAAAAAUUGCUUUUAGUUUAGAAUUGCGUAAUAUAUGCUCACUUUGGUCUCAAUGCUGUUUCUGUCAGUAAAAUGAACUAAGUCUUAGUCCUCUCACCCAGGCAACUAUUGAAGGAAGUUUACUUUUUAGUUUUGAGAUCAAAUGCAGAAAAUGUGCAGAAUGAAAGAAAAUAUUAACCUGGAAAAGGCAGAAGGAAAAGUAGAUUCAAAGGUGCAGCUUUAAAAUACAUUUUAAAAAUAUAUAUUGGUUUUUAUGGUAAACAUGUCAUAAAGAGAGCAUGGACUGCAUGCAAUUUUUGAAAAUAUCCUUAUUUUAUAAACUGUUUCAACGGUUGAAAACACUGUGUAGCAUUUGAAAAAAAGAUUUGCACAGUUUAAGCAAUAAAUGCAUUUAUUAUGGCAA